GAAAUCCUUUAAAGACGGAGAGCUGAUUAUUAUGCAGGGGGAUGAGGCUGAUUGUUUUUACAUGGUGGAGUCUGGUGUUGUGAAGAUUAUGAUGAAGAGCAAAACCAAGGCAGGACCAAUGGCCAAUGAGGAAGUGGAGAUCGCCCGCUGUUCUAGGGGACAGUAUUUUGGGGAGCUGGCACUAGUCGCCGAAAAGCCACGUGCCGCAUCAGUGUAUGCAGUGGGAGAGACCAAGUGCUUGGUGAUGGAUGUGCAAGCGUUUGAGCGUCUGCUUGGUUCAUGCAAGGAGAUCAUGAAGAGGAACAUUGCUUCUUAUGAGGAGCAGCUAGUGGCCCUGUUUGGCUCCAGUGCUGACUUAAGGCACUAGCCUGUAUGCAAAUAUUUGAGACGGCAUGGCAAUUUUUUUGUGUGACAUGAAACAACUUUCACAUGUAUAAAAUACUUGCCUGAAGGCAAGUGACAUUUUAAUGAUUCUUCUUAUGGUAUGAAACUGCUGAAUAUAUGAAUCUUUUGUGUUUGUUCCUAAAGUGUGUUCACAAAGAAAAACCUGAAAUGCAGCAGCAGUAAUGUCUUCCUAUACUGCUGUGCUUAGUGAGUGG